CUGUCAUGCUGACAACUCAUGAGGAGAGGAGAGCUGGUAAUCGGCAUUCCUCGGAGAGGACAUGUACACAGAUCAUCAGAGCACUGAUGAUCAGUCCCCAGCAGCGCCACCUGUCAGUGACCAUCAGUGCCAGCUCUCAGUGCUCAUUCAUGCCACCUAUCAGUACCACAUUUCAAUGCCCAUCAGUGCCACAUAUCAAUGCCCAUCCGAGCUGCCUUUCAGUGUCACCCAUCAGUGCCAGCUAUCAAUGCCAGUCAGUGCCAACUGUCAGUGCUGCCAAUCAGUGCCACCUAUCAGUGCCAGUCAGUGCCGCCUAUCAUUGCCAUAUAUGAGUGCUGCCUUUCAGUGCCCAUCAGUGAUGCCUGUCAAUGCCCAUCAGUG